GGACAACCCAUGAUGUGGGAGCAGUUGGAGCUUUGAGAAGAGUGAAGAGCGCCAUAUCAGUGGCACGUAAGGUGAUGGAACACACCACUCACACCAUGCUGGUUGGAGACCAAGCUACAGAAUUUGCUCUCAUGAUGGGCUUCAAGGAGGAAAACCUAACAACACAGUCUUCAGAUGAAAUAUAUAAUGAAUGGAAAAAUGCAUCAUGCCAACCUAAUUUCUGGAAAAAUGUUUUGCCAGAGCCUGAACUAACCUGUGGGCCUUACCAUCCAAUAGAUACAAAAUAUAAAAGUUUUAAAGGUUCUACAGCUUUUGAAGGAAAGAAUUUUAAUGUGAAGAAUCAUGAUACCAUUGGAAUGAUAGCUAUAGAUAAGAAAGGCCGUAUUUCUGGUGGAACAUCAACUAAUGGUGCUAUACACAAAAUACCUGGAAGAGUUGGGGAUUCACCAAUACCAGGUAGUGGGGUUUAUGUUGAUAAGCAUGUAGGAGGAGCUGCAGCCACUGGGGAUGGUGAUGUAAUGAUGCGAUUUAUGCCGGCCUUAUUGACCGUGGAGUUGAUGCGUUCUGGUGUCACGCCUAGUGCUGCCUCUGAAGUAGCUCUACAGAAUAUUGCCUCAUAUUACCCAGAGUUUAUGGGUGCAGUAGUUGCUGUAAAAAUGAAUGGAGAAUAUGGGGCUGCUUGUUAUGGCUUUGAUGAGUUUCCAUUCUCUGUGGCCAACUCUGAGUUACAAUCUGUAACUGUGAUGUCAGUAUCAUGUUUUACAUAAAUACAUUCUAAUGACUUAAAUAACUGUGAUGUCUAUCAUGCUUUACACACUGUUGCUGUAUGACUCUUUACAGGUUUAAUGCUGAGUUAUGAUUAUAGUGUAAUUUACAUACUGUUUGUUCCCAUGAUGUAACCUGUACAGUACAGUAGUCUUUUACAUUUAAUAUGAAUAUGUUGUAUAUUAUUUUAUAUUGAUGGUACCUCUUUCUUUUCCUGGUGUAAUACUUCAUUUUCUGUGCAUGUCUGCUUACCAUUGGUUUGAUUAUAGUCAGCUAUUUUAUUAUACCUACUAGAUUUUACAUGUGAUUUACCUGUGACUAGUUCUAAGUUUUUCUACUUUUGCUGCCUGGCUAUAAGACUGUUCAACAGGCUCCCAUCAUACAUAAGGGGAAUUACCAAUAUACCCCUCACUGCCUUCAAGAAGGAACUGAAUAGAUACCUAGUCAGUUCCUGAUCAGCUGGGCUGUAGUUUGUGUGUUGGAUUGUAUGUAGCCAUCAGUAACAGCCUGGUUGACCAGGUCCUGAUCCACCGGGAGGCCUGGUCAAGGACUGGGCUGUGGGGGCAUUGACCCCCUGGAAUAAACUUCUGGUAGACUCCAGGUAGGUUUCCCUGGUGAUUAUCUUGCAGAUCAGUAUAAUUAUUAAAAUUUGGCAGGUGUGGCAUAUUCUGCCAGUAAUUUCCAUGUAACCUCUUGAAGACUACAGUUUUUGUUCUGGCAGUAUUUCUUGCUUUUGCUAGUAGAAAAAUUUAAAAAGCUAGACAUUAAAGAUUACAGCAUUACCCA